CACUCUCGAGGUGGUGGUGCACGCUGUAGGGCCAGCUUGCUAGCUUACUUGUUUUACGCUUCUAGGGACCCCGGUGGCGAUGGAUCCCUGCUCAUUUUCAUCUAUCGCCACGCGCAGUCUUAUCCGCGCGGCUGUCGCUUGCUGUCGUUAGAUUUGUUCGCCACGUUCGCUAAAAGUCGUUCGUUAUCGCCGGUAUCGUUUCCUCUGCCAUUCCUUCGGCGAGUAUCAGACGAUCACUUCGACGAUGCUUCCCUGCCGCGCGCUCUCCUCCUGCGCGCGUCUUCAAAUGUCCCUCAUUUCGCACGUCGCCGUGCGACUCUCUACGACCAGCUGGCGACCAUCUCUUUCACCGAUCCCAACCGAUCCGCACCUUUCGUCCAGUUUCCCUCGGCGAAUCAGCACGCGUCUCUCGCCAACAACCGCAGCAGCAGCGGCGACGGGUCGACCGAGCGGCAGCAGCUCAACCGGUUCUAGCGCCGCCGCUUCAGGCGACUCCAAGAAAGGUACCAGCAGCAUCAGCAGCAGCAGCAGCAGCAGCAGCAGGGCUUCCCGUGUUAGAUCCGCUGCCGGCCUGAAGUCGCAGGGGUUUACCCCCGCUUCCCCCGACUCGCAUGCUGCCGCGGCUAAGCCGCCCACCCGCCGGCGAACGCGGACGGCUGCUGCCGGUGCUGCUGCUUCCGACGUGCCUGUAGCAGACGUGCCAGUAGCGGGCGCCAGUGCUGCUACCGCGGAAGACGCACCUGUAACGGGCCCCGCAGCAGCAUCCGCGGAAGCACCCGCGGAAGUAAGCGCGGGGGCAGAGUCAGAAGGGAAAGGGGAAGAGUCGCGGGGGGCGCGGGGCGACGGGGCGAUCCACGUGAUUACGGGGCCGAUGUUCGCGGGGAAGACGACGGCGCUUCUAACGCGGAUGCAGGAGGAGAUGGGAAGAGGCAGGCGCGUGCUGCUGGUGAAGUCCCGCAUCGACACGCGCUACGCCAAGGACGCAGUGGUGUCGCACGACGGGGCGGCCAUGGCAUGCCUGUCGGUGAAGUCGCUGCAGGAAGUGCUGGAAGACGGGCCGCAUAGAGAGGCGUACGACCAGGCGUUGGUGAUCGGUGUGGACGAGGCGCAGUUCAUUCACGGGCUGGUGGACUUCUCGUUGCGGGCGGCAGACUAUGAUGGCAAGACACUGUUCAUCGCGGGGCUGGACGGCGACUUCCGGAGAAAACGCUUUGGUGAGUUGUUGGAUCUGAUUCCACACGCCGACUCCGUGACAAAGCUCGCCGCCCGGUGCGAGAUGUGCGGGCGGCCGGCUUCUUUCACACUGCGCAAGACGCAGGAGACUAAGACACGGCUGGUGGGCGGUGCGGAGACGUACAUGCCGGUGUGCCGCACACAUUAUCUCAGCGGGAAAAGCGUUGUAGACUUGACAAGAGAAAUAGGGGCUAAGCUUGACUCGACUAAGCAUGACUAGACAUACCAGUGGCACAAUGCAGCACAGCAUUGUGAUGCUUGGGGCAUGGCUUUUCGUGAUGCUGAGGCGACUGGUGCAUUCAAGGCUGACACAUUAGGGAUACUAAGGGCGAGUUCCUACAGCCUCGUGUCAGACUAACCUCGCGUCACACUCGUCAUUUUGCCUGAAGCGCUGCCCAGUCUCACCAUCCUCGCGUCAGACUUGGGUGCAUGUGCCAAGCAUCGCAAAAUGUUUGGGAUGCCACGUGCUUAUGUUUCACUCGCAA